AUGCUUAAUACGAGACAUCCUCGAAUAAUCGUACCAUCGUUAUUUCGAUUGUUUCAGGACGAGGUGGGUGGUAGUACAGUGGUAGCCGAGGGUGUCGUAGGUGGCAUAAGGGGCCCAGGCGGCGGGUGCCGCGCAUCCUCGAUGACGAUGGCCGAGAGCGCCGUGGAGGACGCCGCAGCCGCGCCCCCGGGUCCGGCCAAGCCACCACCGCUCUCCUGCACCAACAAUAACACCCUCGCGGCGACGGCUAACCGUAAUCAUCGGAACCCCCGCAAGAAACGGAGACGAUUAGAACAGGUCGUGGAUACAUUGCAAGCUCACCGGAGCUCGCCGUCCGAGGGCGAGGUAUUGAGAUUCGAGGGCAGCGGGCCCGUGUCAGAGGAGGAGGACGUGUUCGGCUCGCCUAGAUCAUCGUCGUCGCGAUCCGCCGCAGACAUCACUCCGGUGAUCGGUCAGUUGCCGUUGAGGCUGAAGGACGCGGAAUCGGUGACGUCGACCGAGGAGGAACUCCACGAAGCCGGUCAACAGCAUCACCAUCAUCCCCACCAUCGACCGUAUCGCUCGUACUCAUACCAUCAUCAUCAUCAUCAUCAUCAUCGGCACCGUUAUUCGCCCUACCAGAACAACCAUCGACUGUCGACGUCCAAGUAUCCCGACUGCAUGUGUAGCCAGUGUUCGCUGGCCGCGUCGGCGGCGGCGGCGGCAGCGGCGGCGACGACGAUAAUGCUACCGACGGCGACGUCCCUGCAGACGCCGCUAUCGCGAUCCAGCUUCGCGUCUUACAGCAGUAUAUGCGGCACGUACAGCAUAUUUGAGCAGUAUAUGCACAACAAGUACCUGACGCCGUCGUCGUCAUCGGGCGACAUCUUCCGUGGACGCAGCCAUUCUGACUCGGACGUGGUGCCUAGAUGGGAUGACACGAGGGUGACCGCCUCGACUACUUGCUCUUCAUCCUCCGUCGUCAAUCACCCAUCGCGAAGCGGUUCCCUCGAGAGCGACGGUACGAGUCCCCAAGAAUCGCCAUUAGAUCUCUCCAUGAAGAACCUUACGUUGCAAUCCGCCGCAGCAGCCGCGGCGGCUGCGGCAGCUUCCGCCAUGUCGCCGGCUCUUCAGCUUCUACCAUCCGGUGUCGUGACGCGGGGUGCUGUAAACGUGCCCGUGGUGAGGGGCGACGUUGCGUCACCCACGACAAAGGAGAGCGUCGCGGUACGAUACAACCUGGAGGUUUUACCCGUCGUGGAGGAAAUGGCACCGGGCGCGGAUGUGGCUUAUGUGUGCCCGGAAUGCGGGCAAAUGUUCAGUCUACACGAUCGUCUGGCGAAACAUAUGGCGUCUAGACAUCGUCGGCAGGGCCUCCACGAUGCCUCGGCAAAGGCGUACCUAUGCGACGUGUGUCAGAGGAGCUUCGCCAGAUCCGACAUGCUGACCAGGCAUAUGAGAUUGCACACUGGCGUCAAGCCGUACACGUGCCGGGUCUGUCGGCAAGUGUUUAGCAGAUCCGAUCACCUCAGCACCCACCAGCGAACCCACACCGGCGAGAAACCGUACAAGUGUCCGCAGUGCGCGUACGCUGCCUGCCGUAGGGACAUGAUCACCAGGCACCUCAAGACCCACAAUCGGUGCGCGGAAGGCCCGACCCCGAAGACGGAACCAGGUCUGCUCGAUAAUGAGGAGUGUCCUGCCUUUGGCCGUGUCAGCCAGAACGUGACGACGGUACCAUCGGCGGUUAUCAAGGCCGAAUGACGACGGCCGGUCGGAUGACCCUGGUUGCACCCUGGCAGCAAAAGCCAGCGAGGACAUCGCGGCAGAAUCGAUCGAGGAUCACCAGGGACGGCUUUUACGGUUCGACCGGGACUUCGCAAAAACGCUUCGAAGGAACGAGGUCACCGCUCGGUGAACACAUCAGAUUGAUGCUUGAAAAGAUCGCGAUCUUUCGGUGGAGCGAAUCGAUGGGAAGAAGGAUUUGUUUUGCUGUCGAAAUUCAGGGUCCCGACGCUAAUUAGACGCUAAUUAGAGUCUGUGAUCGUGGGUAAGAUUACGGAACGGCCACUAUAUAUGGGAGAGAUUGCAGCUAAGACGUGUUAAUUUCACUCUUUCGCAUUGAGAUUUAUUUUUGCGACAAAAAAAAUUUAUACUUGAUAAAAUCAAAAAUUAAUAA